CGCAUUCAACGCCACGCACACCACUCCACUCCAUCCAUCUACUCCACCGCGCUCGCAGUCAAUGCGCCACCGCCACCGUCGCAGCCCCCCGCACCGCACUCCCGCCACCACCCAUACGAGACGCCGCGCGCGUGUGAUGUGAGGAGGACCCACCCAACAAGAACACGACAAGGCCGCCGCGCCCUCGGAAACCUCACCUAGCUAGAGCCUAGAACCAGCGCGCCCACGGCAACGAAGCCCACACAAACCACCCUUCUUCUUCUUCUUCUUCGGCGGCGGCGGCGGCGGCGAUGGCGAGGCCGAGGAGGCGAGGAGGCGCCGGCGCGUGGGUGGCGGCGGUUCUUGCUGCGGCGCUGCAGGUUCUUGCGGUGUCCGCCGCGGGGAAGUACAGGGCGGUGUUCAAUUUCGGGGACUCGCUGGUGGACGCCGGCAACCUGGUCACGGACGGCAUCCCGGACUACCUCGCCACCGCGCGCCCGCCCUACGGCCAGACCUACUUCGGCUACCCCACCGGCCGCUGCUCCGACGGCCGCCUCGUCGUCGACUUCAUCGCGCAAGAGUUCGGCCUGCCGCUGCUGCCCCCUUCCAAGGCCAAGAACGCCAGCUUCGCGCGGGGCGCCAACUUCGCCAUCACCGGCGCCACCGCGCUCGACACCGACUUCUUCGAGAGGCGCGGCCUCGGCAAGACGGUCUGGAACUCCGGCUCCCUCUUCACCCAAAUCCAGUGGCUGCGCGACAUCAAGCCCUCCUUCUGCAGCUCCACCCAAGAUUGCAAGGAUUUCUUCGCCAAGUCCCUGUUCGUCGUCGGCGAGUUCGGCGGGAACGACUACAAUGCGCCGCUCUUCGCGGGGAAGGACCUCAGGGAGGCCUACAAUUUGAUGCCUCAUGUCGUUCAGGGCAUAUCCGAUGGCGUUGAGCAACUGAUUGCCGAGGGCGCGAGGGACUUGAUUGUGCCCGGAGUGAUGCCAUCCGGUUGCUUUCCGGUGUACUUGACCAUGUACAAAGAGCCCAAGGAGGGGUAUGGUUCGCGUAGCAGUUGCCUGAAGCGGUUCAAUACGUUCUCAUGGGUGCACAAUUCGAUGCUCAAGCGAGCGCUAGCAAAGCUCCGUGCCAAGCAUCCUGGGGUGAGGAUCAUUUACGGGGAUUAUUUCACGCCGGUUGUCCAAUUCUUGCUUCAGCCCGAAAAGUUUGGAUUUUACAAACAAUUGCCUAGAGCAUGCUGUGGUGCUCCUGGGACGGGACCUUACAAUUUCAAUCUGACGGCCAAAUGCGGUGAGCCUGGUGCCACUGCAUGUGCCGACCCCAAGACACACUGGAGCUGGGAUGGUAUUCACUUGACAGAGGCCGCAUAUGGACAUAUCGCGCGAGGUUGGUUGCAUGGCCCAUUCGGGGAUCAACCUAUCGUACAGAAUUCUUGAGCUCCUAGUUGUUUUGUCCAUCGUACCUCUAGGGUAUCAGAAUAGCACAGCAAAUUGGAUCAGAAAGGUUGUUUCCAUAUAGUUGUAUGUAUAUCUCCUUCGAUUCGUUGCGAUCAGGUAAAAAAGAAAAGUUGAGAUAGAGAGGUCUGAAAUUAAAGCAUGAUUUUGUUCAUUCAUCAGGUGAGGUGGUAUGAGUAAAAAAAGGUGUAUUGCACAAAGUGGUUAACAUAUGAUACAGAGUUUCUUUGUGUGUAGCAUCUGCUUAUCUAAUUAAAAACCAGUAUGGUUCCUAACUUGCAACUU